CGGAGCCGCUAACGCCGGGGGUUGGGGUACAGGGACGCCAGAAGCAGCUAGGGAAGGGGGUGGCCGAUCACUCCAAAGCCUGUCGCCACCAUGCCUGUCUCUCCAGUAAACAGCCGCAAGCAGCAGAACCUCUGGUUGAGCGUUGGCCCACAGCCAAAGAAAUCUAUUAGCUUUACUAACACAGUAAAAGGAGGUCAAACAAAAGGAUAUGUUGGUGUAAACCAAAGCAGAAUGGCUAUGUCAAAAACCUUGACAGUUUUACCUGAGAUAAAAACAGAAAAAAUGAAUAUUUCUACCCCAAGGACAGUCAUACAGGUAAUUAAUACACUUGGAGUUGAUGUUACUCCCCGACCUCUUUACCAUCAAGACCCAUAUAUGGGUGCAGCAAAGCCAAAUAAAUUAUUGACAUCACAAGAAGGAUCAUAUGCAUCAGAAUAUAUAUCUUCCUAUAGCCUGUAUCAGAAUACAAUAAAUCCUAGUAUGUUAGGGCUGUUUACAAGGUCGGUUUUAGGAAGCAGUACAGUUUCUAAAUCAAGUGUAUCUACUACUGAAUCAAUAGCAGAAGACCUAGAAGAACCAUCCUAUAAACGGGAAAAACUGACUAGUUUUACAGACUUACGAGUUGUGAGGGCAACACCUGAGAAAAUUGUAACAAAAGAAGACCUACAAAAGACUAUAGAGAUAACACUCACAGAGUCGGAAACACUGAGAUUUUUUAACCUACCAACAGUCAUGGUUUCUGUGGAAUCUGAAGAAGCUGAGAAGGUCAUUCGGAGAAACAAGAAUUAUGAGACCCUUUGUAGAAAUAGAUUAGGCAAUGACUUAUAUGUUGAAAGGAUGAUGCAGACUAUUAAUGGAGCUCCAAAGAACAAAGAGGUUCAAUGUGACAAAAUCGUAAAGGAAGACAAAGGUGUAAUGUCCAGUACUUGGGAUUUGUAUGAUUCUUAUAAUGCUAUGGAGCUUUCAUGUUUACCAGCAAAACAAUCUAUGCUUGAAUCAAGUAGUAAAACAAUUGUACCUUCUAAAGAUCAAGAGCAAAGAGUACCAGGGAGUACUAUAGACAAAAAUAGUGAAGCUAGUUCUUUAAUGGAUAUAGAAAAUGUAAUUCUCACUAAAAUCUAUGAUGAUGAAGAAGAUCACUCAGAGUCAAUAAUGAAAUCUGACAAGUUUCGUCAGGAUUUAUUUUUUAUGGAACGAGUUCUAAUGGAAAAUUUAUUUCAGCCAAAACUUGCAGCUUAUCGUCAGCUUCCUAUUUUAAAAGAACCAGAACCUGAAGAACCUGAAGACUUUUUAGAAGGUGAAAAACUUGAACAAGAGACAGAGGAAGAGGUUAAGAAGGAAGAGGAAGAAGAAAGAGAAAUAGGUACAGAACAGUCAACAAUACCAGCCAAUUUGGAACGACUUUGGUCCUUUUCCUGUGACUUAACCAAAGGUCUUAAUGUGAGCAGCCUUGCCUGGAAUAAAACAAAUCCUUGGCCAGAACGCAUUUAUCAGAGUCCAUAUGGAGUGACUGCUGUGGAUUUCUCAAUUGGAGCACCUAAUCUUUUAGCAGUUGGCUAUCACAAUGGCACCAUUGCCAUUUAUAAUGUGCAGAGCAACAGCAAUGUUCCGGUUCUGGAUAGUAGUGAAUCACCUCAAAAACAUUUGGCACCUGUAUGGCAACUACAAUGGAUAGAACAAGAUCGAGGGACAACAGGUGAUGACAAAAGAGAAAUACUCGUUUCUGUAUCAGCAGAUGGAAGAAUCUCCAAAUGGGUUAUACGGAAAGGACUAGACUGUCAUGAUUUGAUGCGUUUGAGGCGAACUACUGCGAGCAGCAGCAAAAAGGGAGGGGAAAAGGAAAAAAAAGGUGAAGCUCUGAUAUCUCGACAGGCUCCUGGAAUGUGUUUUGCUUUUCAUCCUAAGGAUACAAAUAUCUAUUUGGCUGGCACUGAAGAAGGUCAUAUUCACAAAUGCUCUUGUUCGUAUAAUGAACAAUACCUUGAUACCUACAGAGGACAUAAGGGCCCAGUGUAUAAAAUAGCAUGGAAUCCAUUUUGUCAUGAUGUGUUCUUAAGCUGUUCUGCAGAUUGGGGUGUUAUUAUAUGGCAACAGGAGAACACCACACCAUUUUUGAGCUUUUAUCCAACCACUUAUGUUGUUUAUGAUGUUGCCUGGUCUCCAAAAUCCUCCUAUAUAUUUGCAGCUGCAAAUGAGAGCAGAGUGGAGAUUUGGGACCUUCAUGUCAGCACUUUGGAUCCUCUCAUUGUGAAUGUUGCUAACCCUGGAAUCAAGUUCACAACUGUUCUCUUUGCCAAACAAACAGAUUGCCUUCUAGUGGGUGACAGUGAUGGACAGGUUGCUGUGUAUGAACUAAGAAAUAUGCCCUCUCCUUUGGAUUCUGGCCGGGGAGAUAUAAUAGAUACUUUGCUUGGACCCAAGUCAAACCAACAAGGAUAAUUCAUCAUUACUAAUAUUUUCUCUUGUUGAUGUUUAAAGAAAAAGAAAGAGUGUUUAAUGUCCAGUCAUCCAAUUUCUGUGCAGUAAGCUGGGAUUUUGAUGUUAGAAAAUGAUAUUUGUUGUAUAACCUCUAUUUUAACUUAACAAAUUUAAUAAACUUUUAUUUCAGAGAUAUAUGAUUAGUUUGAGAUCUAGGCUAAUUAUAAGAGUUCUGUUGGGAUUUUCUUAAUAUUUUUAGUCAUAUUCCAAGUACAUAUAACUACAUAUGUGUACUUAUAAAAUAUUCAAAUAGGUUAGAAAAUUAUUAUUCCAUUAGAAGCAAAGCUUGGAAAUUAUUAGAAUUACUUAGACCAAAAAUCUUUACAAGAUGAAGUUCCAUAGACUUUUAAAUCUUCGGCUUUCCAAGAUCUAUUUUCCAGAGUUUAUGAAUUACCGCAUGUGUUAGUGUUAGGAGAAUAUUGGAUUCUCACACCCAACUUUAAAUCAGAAUUUUAUCCUCUUAGAUUUGAGAGCUGAAGUUAUGAAACUUUAUUAGACUAUUUGACAAGCAAAAGACAUGACAGAAAAUAUCAAAUUUGCAUUGUUUAGCCACCAGGCAUCACACUCCCAAUUCAGUGAGAAGAGUUAGUCUGGGACACAUGGGGGCACCCUCCUCUGCCUGCCCAAAAUCUGCUCUGGGUUUUAAGCCCCGACUUAAGUGGGCUCAGAGAGAAAGUAUAAAGUCCUCGCUCUAUAGUUGGCAUCAGGAUAUUAUCUUAUGAAGGGUUCUAGAGCUAGCUUGUGGAUACAGGAGGAGUGGGAGGUAGCAACUCCCCCAAACAGCUUGCUAACAGCCUAUGCCAUGCUGUUAGAACAAGUCCUGCGUUUUGUUACCUGAGGCCAUAGGACAGUAUGGCCUGUUUUGUAAAGCAUUCUAAGUGGAGAGGAGAGGAGAAGGCAUUUGAAACUCACUAAACUCUCUGGAAAAAGAGUAUGUGUAAAACUAAGAGUGGAAUCUGUGCAACAGUAGAAACUGCCUUUUAUAAGUAUCCACUUCUUCACAAUCUCCAUUUCUUUGGAGCCAUCCUUUAAACAAAAGUAAGGUGAUUCUCAGGUGGAUUGAGAGCUUAGAUCAGGUAGUAAGAAUUAUAGAUUUUCUGCUGUUAUAAAUCAUUGUGGUUUAUCUCUUUGUCUUUCUGAAAGGUUGGACUUUCCAUAACACUCUGUGUAACAAAAUAAAAACUUGA